UUUAAUUUACGGCCUCCAGCUAAGCAACCAAUGAAAAAUCCUCAAUUUAACAGUCGUCAUCGCCGCGUUUUCUCUAUCAUAAUUCCUAGUAUAGUACUCCUAGUAUUCAUCUUUCUCUCACCCUCCUUGCUUUCCUCUUCCGGUCGCCUUCUCUUAUCUACUCUCUCUCUCUCUUGACGCUUUCUCUUCUAUUUUCUCUCUCCUCUUCCCUCUUCCCUCUUCCCUCUUCCUGAUCAGUCACGUCUGCUCCCGGUUGUCGGUUAAACCCUCAGUUCUCGGAUAUUCAUUUUCUUUUGUGCGUUGAUUGUUAUAAAGUUACUGAUAUUCUUGAAAUGGAUGGUUGAUAUCUCGUCAUAUUGAGUUGGAGCUGCUAAUUUUUUUAUUGCGAGUUUAUGAAUUUGAAGUUUUCAUGGAAGGAAGUGGAAUUGAGCUGAAUUUGGUUUUGAUUUAGGUUUUUAAUUAGGGUCUUGUGAGUUGUGAAUCUUGUGAUCUGUUUGAGUUUGUAUUUAGAUAUGGCUUUGGUUCGGAGGAAGUUUUGAUUUUAUUGAAUUUGGUAAGUGUACCUUUUUUGUUUCAAUACAUCAUUUGCCUAUGAUUUUGAAGAAUAAGAUGCUGAGUAUAAGAAGGGGAGUGCAAUUUAGCUGAAUUAGUUGUUGAUCUAGGUUUUUGAUUUGCGUUUUGUGAGUUGUGGUAUCUGUUUGAAUUGGUAAAAGUUAGGGUUUUGGUUUGGAAGUUGUGAUUUUAUUCAAUUAUAGGUGGUGAAUUUUUGUUAAAUGUAUAUGUUUUUGUUUCAAUGCAUCAUCUGCCUAGGAUCUUUACAAAUAAGAAGCUGACUAAAAAAAUGGAUCAAGGAUCGUCACCAAAGCCAAAACUUGUAAGAAGAAAUGCUGCUAAGAACUUUGAAUAUAAUCCUUCAGCUUUGACAUCUCCGUCGGGUUCAACAGCUCCACGAACACGGUCACUUGACUUAGGUCCUGGUGUUGAAAAGACCAGUUUCCGGAUUGAUGGGAAUGAUGGGGAAAUUAAUUUGAUUUUUCAGAGUUUAGGUCUUAAUGGACCUGAUGAUUUUGAGAUUCCGAUGGCGGCUUAUGAGGCUAUGAAAAAUAGGUCAUCUUCUGACAUUACUUCAAGUCUGAAAAAAGGGAAAAUUGAUGUUGAGCCUGAAGUAGUUCGAAAAGAAGAAACUGUUCAGAAGUUUGUUGAGCCUUUGCCACAUAGAUUUGGCAAUAAUAUCCAGAAAAAUGAAGUUGCAGAGGUUUAUCGUGGUGGUGGUAAUGAGGUUAAACCACGUGGGGUUUCCAUAUUUCCACCUAUGGUUGAUAAUGGUGUGAAACCCUUCGGUAGAAGCGUAGGAAUUAAAGGUGAUCGCCCUCCAUUGUUAACCCCGCCACCGACUAUGUCCCUUCCUGUGCUUGAUAAUGGAUGUUCUACAUGGGACCUAUUGAAAAGUUUGGCUCCUGAUGAUAUUGAUGUUGAUCCUCUCGAAUAUCCGCACAUGCCUCAAUCUUCUGAUGGUGAGGAAGAAGUUCGUAGGGAAGGAAGUGAUGGGGUAAGGAUUGGGGAAACCGUUAUUAUGUCUGGAUCCUGUUCUUUUACGACGACAAAUGAUGAUGACGACUCCUCCAGUACGACCACGGAACCCGUAUCGAUUAUUUCACCCAAUGGAGUGUCAAAAGUCAAUAUAACCCAGUGGGAAAAAGGUGCCCAAUUGGGGAGGGGCUCAUUUGGAACUGUAUAUGAAGGAAUUUCUAGCGAGGGAUUCUUUUUUGCUGUGAAAGAAGUUUCACUGGUUGAACAAGGAAGUCAGGCUAAACAGAGUAUCUACCAACUCGAGCAGGAAAUUGAAUUGCUAAGUCAGUUUGAGCAUGAGAAUAUAGUUCGAUAUCUUGGCACUGACAAGGUUGACUCAAAACUAUACAUCUUUUUGGAGCUUGUGACUCAAGGUUCCCUUUCAAAACUCUAUCAACAAUACACUUUUCGUGAUUCUCAUGUCUCCGUUUACACAAGACAAAUUCUAUGUGGUUUGAAAUAUCUUCAUGAUAGAAAUGUGGUGCACAGGGAUAUCAAAUGCGCUAACAUAUUGGUGGCCUCAAACGGAACAGUAAAGCUAGCCGAUUUUGGAUUGGCAAAGGCAACUAGAUUAAAUGACUUAAAGUCUUGCAAAGGGACUGCAUUCUGGAUGGCUCCCGAGGUGGUUCAUAACAAGAAUAAAGGCUAUGGAUUGGCAGCAGAUAUCUGGAGCCUUGGAUGCACUGUUUUGGAGAUGCUAACUGGAAAAGUUCCUUAUGCUCCUUUGGAGUUUAUGCAAGCACUUUUUCGGAUUGGGAAAGGUGAUCCACCAACCAUUCCGGAGCACUUGUCUAAAGAUGCUCGCGAUUUUAUUCAAGAAUGCCUACGAGUGAAUCCAUCAGACCGUCCAACAGCUGCUGAGCUACUGGAACAUCCAUUUCUGCGAAGACCACUUUAUACUUCAUUAGGCUCAGAGUCACCAAUGAUACGUGGGAGAUCAAUUUGAGACUUUUUUUCCAUGUCUCAUGAAGAUGAUUCCUCAUGAAUGGCAGAUAUAUCCGACUGGUCCUGGAAUCAUGUUUCUUGGACACAAUAAAGAGCAACAAUGUGAGGAGUUCUUAAGGAAUCAUGUUUUGGAUGAGCUAUGUAAUGGUCCCGGAUGCUAUCUGGUCAUCAUGCUUUGAUACCUGCCUCGUUUGAUUCCAACUUCUCACUUCCAUGGAUAUACUUAAAUUGGAGAUGGCAAGCUGUAAUAUAAUAGUAGUGUAGGGUUGUUGUGUUUGUGUAUUUGGGAUCUAAAAAUUAGUUAGAAUAUAAAUGGAGUCUUGAUUUAUGGGCAGAUAGGAAGAUGAAUUAGCCUUCUGUAUAUAAGUGUAAGUUUUGUCAUAAAUUGUUUGGAGGACUCAAUUCAUUAUAUUCAAAUCUUAGAUCCAUAACUAUAUUGAUUGUGUAUUGUGCUCUUAUUACGCAACACAGCUCUGCCCUCAUUCGAGCAA